AUGAUUCUAGCAACGCUCUACAUCUUCCUUCCGGCCGUCGCUUAUUCUGCCACACUCGUCAACCGUACAGUCGACGACCUAUACGGCGACAGCAUCACAGGGCUCAUCCCUACAUAUCUUCCUUCCAGCGAUGUAUGGAAGGAGGGAUCGACGUGUACGACCUGCAACAUCUAUCCUGCGUAUCUCGGACACUACCCCACAACCUCGGGAGGUGGCGUAGCAGUCGACCUCUCUCAGGUGUUCAACGGGACUUGGCACGCUGCCCUCUUUCACCCAGGACAACAAUCUCCCGCCGUCAUUGUGCACUUUUUCGGACAAGCCAUUUACGUUUUCCACACCAUCGCUAACGUCGUUCCGAAGACACUAACCGUUGCCCACCUCAUGUUCACUCUCGACAACGCGAUAGUGGGCUACUACGACCACACGCCGGACCCGGCGGCCCCCCAACUCCUCUACCGGGUCCCGGUGUAUGUCAACGAAAGCCUCCGUGACGGCAACCAUACCCUGAUCGUAUCGGCCCAGAAUACGUCUGAGUCGUCCGACAUGAUGUUCGACUACAUCAUCUACACCGCAGUCGAUGCGUCCGUAACGGAUCCGUCCGCGCCUGCCUCGCCCUCCAUACAAACCGUGUCUACGGAAGUUUCGCCCUCCAUACAGACCGUGUCUACGGUUUUGCCCCCCAGUACUGGCCACCGGCUCUCCACCACGUAUAUCGGCAUCACCGCGGCUUCCUCUAUACUCGGCACAGGAAUCAUCGCAAUCGCAGUCACCUGCUUCUUUCGAAGGCGCAAAGGACGGAUGCAUUCGCGGAGCAGCGACGGUGACAACAGCGGCAGUGACAGCAGCAGCAGCAGCGGGCCAAGUACCAUAGCUCAACUCUCCAACAACAUUCGCGCAUCGCGUGUCCCCUCUGAAGCCCCAUGGCAGUCCCCGCGCUCCUCUGAGGGUUUCUCGCGAGCAGCCGCGCGCCCGGAGUCCUCGUCCCCAUCCACACCUCCAACCCUUGCUACGUCCUCCGCCGGGGUCACCCUCUUUGCCAAACUCUCAACAACGACGCGCUCGCAUGACUCUCCUCCCGCACACUCUGCAGUAGCCUCGAGCUGCCAGAGUCCUGGCCCGCGGGACUCGAGCUGCCAGAGUUCUGGCCCGCAGGACGCGAGCUACCAGAGUCCUGGCCCGCAGGGUUUUCAUGCGGAACCUGGUAACCCGGCGAGAGACGCUCUGCGCGCUGAAGUCGCAGCUCUUCGCGAGGCUCUUCGCGAGGAGGUCGCGCGGCUCAGCGAUCGCGAGGUGCCCCCGCCGUACCGACCUUCACCGUGA